AUGCACCGCGCCUUCCCCGCCGCGCGCCUGGACUUCCACAACGGCUGCGUGCCCGCCACGCCGGCCGCGUUCAUGACCCUGUGCCUGGAGCACUACCUGGACCCCCUGGCCGACCUCGUGUUUGUCGAGUACGUGCUGAACGACGGGAUGGAGGACCGCGUGAUGCACAACAGGCGCGUGCGCAUAUACGAGCGCCUGGUGCGCCGCAUACUGGACCAGGCGCACUCGCCAGCAGUAAUCCUCGUGAAUGUCGGCACCCACGGCAUGUUCCACGACCGCGAGUACGUCAGCGACGCCGGGAAGCUCGAGUGGCGCCCCUUUCACCACACACUGGAGGACCUUUAUGGCGCAGUGGCCCAGUACUACGACCUCUCAGUGGUCUCUUUCAGGAAUGCGAUCUACAACCUGGGCCAGUCGAGCGACUACCAUUUUGACAAGUACCUAAAGGGAGAUUUCAUACACCCAAACGAUGCUGGGCACAAGGUUAUGGCGGACAUGGUGGUCCACCUGCUGCAGGAGGUGGCGCUGGGGCUGGCCCUGUGGCCGAUGACGUUCGCUGACGAGGCGGCGGCGCUGCGGAAGCUGCCAGACCCAAUGUACCCGGGGGUCGCCUUCGCGCAAGCGCCCUCGCGCCACCCUGGCUUUGGGGCCGCCGCAGGCAACCACCCGUCCCUGCGGCGGGUGUGCUUCCACGCCGAAGACUUCCCGACCACCGUCGUCGGCCAUGACCACGGAUGGGAGUGGGUGAACGAGGCGACGGACGCGUCUCCCAAGUGGGGCUUUGUCUCCAAGACCCCGGGGUCCGCUUUGAGGGUGCGCCUGGACACAUCGCUUGCGGUGGUCGACCCAGGCGCCCUCAUCCACCAAGCCCCCAUCGACUCGGGCGCCGCCGCCCCUGCUGGCGGCGGCGCCGCGGCGGCGGCGGCGGCCAAGCUCAAGCACACCGCGGUGGUCAUAUUUUCCUACCUCAAGAGCUACGAGCAGAUGGGAAAGGCAGUGUUCAGGUGCGAGUCGGGCUGCAGCUGCAACCCGCGCCACGCAGACGGCUUCACAGAGCUGCCUGAGUCGACCAUCUACUUUGUGCAGCUGCACACGACGCCGUCCAGGAACUGCACCCUGGUGGUCGUGAACGACAGCGAGCCCGGCGGCAAGGACACCAAGUUCAAGGUGACGGGGGUCAUGGUCAACAUGGUCAACGACGCGACAAAGGACCUCAACGAGGCCGACUUUGCAGAGGACUGGCCGCAGUAUGGCGUCGGGGGCGUGCAGACGCUGCCGCGGGAGUUCAAGCUCCAUGUGGCCGCCCGCGGCACCAAGCCCGGCGACGCGCGGCACCGCCUGAAGGGGCGCGGCCGCCUGGGGCCCCGCGAGCGCGCCGCGGCUCACCUCUGA